AAGCGGCCAGUUGUCAGAGCAAGUCAAGUCAAGCCGAAGCGCAGCAAAGCGAGCGCACAGUGACAGCGGCCACUCGCAGAGCCACUCGCAGAUCCACGCGUGUCCCUUUUGCAGACGCCCCUCUCCUCCACCCCGCCGAGUUCAUGUGCGACAUCUACAGCCUGGAGCCGCACUGCCUGUCCUCGCCAUGGGCCAUGGAGCCCGCUAACUUCUACGAGAGCCACAAGCUGAGCUGCCCGCAGCCGGGCGCCUUCAAGGCGGCCAGCCGCGGCGAGGACGCCACCAUGGUGGAGCUCAGCACCGCCCACGCCAUCUACGACGACGAGAGCGCCAUCGACUUCAGCCAGUACAUCGAGUCGAUGACAGCCGUGCCCAACCUGGAGCUGUGCAACGACGAGCUCUUCCUCGACCUGUUCAACACGGUGAAGCAGGAGAAGGCGGAGCUGUGUUCCAUGGCCGGCGCCGCUCCGCAGCCGCUGCCCGCCGCCUACACGGACAGCGCACUGCACAAGCUCUACGGAGGCGCGGCCAUCAAGCAGGAGUCGGACUGGAGCGACAGCGACGGCUCCUCGUCCUUCCCCGCGCAGAUCGAGACCUGCGCGCAGACGUCCGUCAGCCUGCCCACGGGGCAGCCCACCCCGCCCAGCACCCCGGAACCCGCGUCCUCCAGGAGCUCCCCGCGGAAGAUGGGCCGGGACAAGGCGAAGAAGGCGGUGGACCGCUUGAGCGUGGAGUACCGGCAGCGGCGCGAGAGGAAUAACAUUGCCGUGCGGAAGAGCAGGGACAAGGCCAAGAUGCGCAACUUGGAGAUGCAGCAGAAGCUGCUGGAACUGAGCUCGGAGAACGACAGACUUCACAAAACCAUCGAGCAGCUGACCAGGGAGCUGAGCGGGCUCCGGGAGUUCUUCAAGCACGUGCCCGAGCCCUCGUUCGAGGGCGCCGCGGCGGCGCAGAGCCGGUGACGCUUCCGGGGGCGGGUCACACUGACCGAACUGCAGACAUACCUCAACAGUUCUUACCAUCUGUACCAGAUGUAUUAAGCUUAAACCAUAAUGGCACUGGAAAAUAUGUUGCUGCCAUGUUCUUGUGGGGACUCUCUCCGUAUUAAAUUAUUUUACCACUGCAUUUACCUGACAUGUUUUAUAAUUCCAGACUUUGUAUCGCAGAGCCAGAGCAUGACCUUUUAUAGAGUUUGUAUCUACAUUUGUUUAUGGAAAAAAAUCUCUAUAUAAUAAAAGUUGUUCUGUAACACCA